ACAACACUUGCAUCACAUCUCAAGUCUUAUCAUCUUCAUCUCCCAAGGGAUUCAAUACAAUACCAGGCUAGAAGAAACUCCACUCAUCACCAUCUCAAGCAACUAAUUAACAAGCUAGUACUCUUUGAGUGUUUGGCAAUUGGCUUAGAUUUCUUGUACUUGGAACAAGAUGGAAAGCACUGUCACAUUUGAGACUGAUCUCAACCUCAAGGCAACCGAGCUUAGAUUGGGGCUUCCAGGAACAGAAGAAAUUGUUGAAAAACCACUUCCUGCAAGUGCUAGAAUUACCAACAAAAGGCCUUUGUCUGAAACCUCUGAGGAGUGUGCUUCAAAGGGUUCUAGUGCUCCACAUGUGGAAACUGAAGCAGCCCCUCCUGCCAAGGCUAAGAUAGUGGGGUGGCCACCAAUCAGAUCCUACAGAAAGAACAGCCUUCAGGAGAAUGAUGGUGCUGGGAUUUAUGUGAAAGUGAGCAUGGAUGGAGCUCCUUACCUCAGAAAGAUAGACUUGAAGGUCUAUGGAGGCUACACACAACUCCUCAAAGCUCUAGAAAACAUGUUCAAGUUGACCAUAGGUGAGUAUUCUGAAAAAGAAGGUUAUAAGGGAUCUGACUAUGCACCUACAUAUGAAGACAAAGAUGGUGACUGGAUGUUAGUUGGAGAUGUUCCAUGGGACAUGUUUGUGACUUCUUGCAAAAGGCUAAGAAUCAUGAAAGGAUCAGAGGCAAGGGGUUUGGGUUGUGCUGUAUGAGAAAACCAAACCACUAAAAAUUACUAUGAGCAGAGAAUUAAAAAAAGUGUUUUGGGGGUGAAGGGAAAAACAUGCUGAAAAGCUUGUGUUCUCGGAUCUGAAGGGUUUUGACUUUUGAAAUCACUCUAGUGUGUGCUUUUGGCAUACCUUUAUAUGGAGUUAUACUCUGAAGCAGGAGAAGAUGGAAGAUACGGUGCAGUUUCGAUCUUCCUCAAGUUUGGCAACUUUUAUGGUUAUUAUUUUGGCAUCUGUGGUUGGAUGCUAUGCUUAUGAUGUUGUUUCCACUGAUCCUUUUUGAAGUUUCAUGUGAGAAAUCUUAGAGAUUUCAAAUGAAACUUUGUGUAGAGGAGAGAUAGAAAAUUAAAGGUUAUAUGUAAUAUUGUUUAAUCCAAGUUUUUUGGUUGUGUUGAUACAAGAAUACAAUGUAAUAUACUAAGUGUUGGUAUUUGCCUGUGUUAUUGGAUGGACUCAAUUAAGUAUGUUAAUUUGCGCCUGAU